AAUAAUUUUCCGAGGUUAUUUCCCUUGCGUCGCAUACUCGCAUUGUAAUAAGAAUUCCAGUCCGGCUGUUCCCUCUCAGAAGUCAACUGUCGGUCGUCGUCCAUGGCUCUACUCGGCGACGACGGUCGAGGCUUCGAGCUCGCUCGGAAACUCGAGACUUGCGGCGUAUGGCGGAAAUGGCUCGGCGAUUCCUGCUACGGCAAUUUCGCCCCUUAUCUCAAUUCGCCGACGACAUGGGAAGCCUUCAUGAGAGUCGAUGGAACCAAAUCUAGGGCUCAAAUCCAUCUCCAACUGAGGGUCCGAGCACUCCUUUUUGACAAAGCCAGCGUCUCCCUCUUCCUCCGCUCAAAUCCCUCUUCUUCUUCUUCUUCUUCUUCUUCUUCUUCGUCGGCGUCUCGUUCGUCCGUCGCUAUUUCCAAGCUUAAUCCAAAUUAUUUGAACUUGCAUGGUGACGAUGUUUACUUUACCCUAGAGAAUUCUUCUUCAGAUGUUUCUUCCAAUACGGCAUCAUCUAAGAUACAAUCAAAAGCAUCAUUUGGGGUUGGAUCAGGAUAUGGGGAAUCUGAAAUUGAUAAUGUCCAUCAGAUGUUUAGGAAUGAUGUUUUGCCUGAAACAUGGUAUAAUCAAUUUAUUGAGAAUUACAGAACUAGUAGACCCUAUAGGUUGUCACUUGGGGACCAAGAGCCGGAUAAACGCUCACCGGAGGAGAUGUGUGCUUAUAUAAAACUUCUGGAGAAGCAUAAGAAAAGACGUGUAGCAUAUAAGGAAGAUCAAUAUAUGGGCUAUGGAAAUCCUGUCCUAGAAAAUUCGUCAUACAUGCGACCAAAUUCAAUUUCAGAUGCCAUUAACUCAGAUGAUGACGAGUCAACAUUUUUUCCAGAAAUCAUGUUUACAUUGAACAGUGUUCCUGAUAGUGCUCUCUCAGUUGCUAAUAGAGUGGAAGAGAGACGGAAAAUUGAGUUUUAUGGAGUUCUUGAUGGCUUACCUCGGGUUAUGACUAAGAGUCCUGUUAUGAUUGAGAGGUUUGGUAUCAAUCCUUUCCUUGGCAUGGAACAUGGAGGAAAUGUACAUCAUGUAAAAAAUGGGUCUGUAGUAAACAAGAAAUGUCUUGGUCAAGAGCAAGCAUUAGAGUUGUCUCAAAAGGUGAUAGCCCGAAUGCUGGCAAGUAUUGGGUUCGAAGGUUCUACUGAAGUCCCAGUCGAAGUAUUCUCUCAGUUGAUGUCUUGUCAUAUCACUGAGCUUGGCCGCAUCUUAAAAGUUCUUUCCGAUAGUUACAGAAAGCAGUGCACAGCUGUUGAGCUUCUUAAGAUGUUCCUUCAACGGUUGAAAUGUGAUUUUGGAUCUCUUGUGGAGCAUGUCAAGGAUGGCUCCAGGACUUCUGUUCAACAGAGUCAAUCUCAAGUUCAUGGGAUACAGUCGCAGAUGAUGUCGCAAGCCCAGGCUGCCCUUCGACUACAGCAGCAAAUGUCCAGACAAAUGCAUCCCCAGAUGCAGCAAUUUGUCCACUCCCAAAAUAUGGCUUUUCAGCAGCAGCAACAGCAACAUCAUCAGCAGCAGCAACAACUGCAACAGCAACAGCAGCAACAACUGCAGCAACAACAACUGCAGCAGCAGCAACAGCAACAAUUGCAGCAGCAGCAACAGCAGCAGUUAGAGCGGAUGCGUAGACGUCAGCCAUCUACUCCUCGCUCUGGCAUGGAUGUGGACAAGGAUAGACCCUUGGUUCAGGUCAAGAUUGAACAACCAUCAGAACUGCCAAUGGAUAGCAAUUCCUUAAACAAUUUCAACAAUAGAAUUUCUCAGAUGCAUUAUAGGCAGCAAAUGGCUGCCAUGUCAAAUUACACAAUGUCAAACGUCCAUGGUCAAUCCAAUAAUCAAUUUAGACAGAUGGCUUCGGGGCAAAUCCCUCAAAUGCAGUCACAGAAUAUGGGUGUUGUUAGGGCUCCACCCGUGAAGGUUGAAGGAUUUCAAGAAUUGAUGGGUGGAGAUGCUGCAUCAAAGCACGAUUCAGAGGAAAAUAGGCUGACUUCUCCCUCCAGUAAAUAGUUAUGCAUUUGAUCAGUUAGUGUGAACACAAUGCUUGCUACUUGCAAGUACUGAAUUAUUAUUAUUUUUUUCCGUGGUUAUCUUUAUUUUCCUCAUAAAAUAUUUUGCAUACUGACAAGUUGUGCAUGUGGAGUUUUAAACUUCAGAACUGGCACAAUAGUCCCCAACUUUUUAGUAAGUGACCACUUUAGUUCCCAAUCCUUUUCUUUUGGAAACUAAGUCCCCAAUUCAUAUUUAGGGCAUGUUUACUUUGCAUUAAAGGGAAAAAAAGUGAG